UAUCGAGGAAGAAGAAAAGCACCAGUGUUUAAGUCACGGCAGAAAUUUGUAAACAUCAGCGAGCAGAGCGACGUGUGUGCGUCGUUAGGAUGGAAAUAUAGAGGUUCACCUGAAGGUGUGGGACUUAACUUUGUUCUUCAGUGCAUGGAAUCAAAGCCAAUGCGCAGCGUACGCCAAGACACCACUGGAAUGGACAUCACCAGCCGCUGCACUCUGGGGGACCCCAACAAACUCCCUGAAGGGGUCCCCCAGCCUGCACGCAUGCCCUACGUCUCAGACAAACACCCGCGGCAGACCCUGGAGGUGAUCAACCUGCUGAGGAAACACCGUGAGCUCUGUGACGUGGUGCUGGUGGUGGGGGCCAAGAAGAUCUACGCUCACCGUGUGAUCCUAUCCGCCUGCAGCCCCUAUUUCAGGGCAAUGUUUACUGGGGAGCUGGCAGAAAGCAGGCAGACUGAGGUAGUUAUCCGGGACAUCGACGAGAGAGCCAUGGAGCUGCUCAUUGACUUUGCCUACACCUCACAGGUGACUGUAGAGGAGGGGAAUGUGCAAACACUUCUUCCCGCAGCCUGCCUCCUCCAGCUGGCUGAGAUCCAGGAGGCCUGCUGCGAGUUCCUCAAGAGGCAGCUGGAUCCCUCCAACUGUCUGGGCAUCAGGGCUUUCGCUGACACGCACUCUUGCCGCGAGCUGCUCCGCAUUGCAGACAAGUUCACCCAGCACAAUUUUCAAGAGGUCAUGGAAAGUGAAGAGUUCAUGCUGCUGCCGGCCAACCAGCUGAUUGAUAUAAUCUCUAGUGAUGAGCUAAACGUGCGGAGCGAGGAGCAGGUCUUCAACGCGGUGAUGGCCUGGGUGAAAUACAGCAUCCAGGAACGCAGGCCGCAGCUGCCACAGGUCCUGCAGCAUGUACGUCUGCCGCUGCUCAGUCCCAAGUUCCUGGUCGGCACUGUGGGUUCAGAUCCACUCAUCAAGAGUGACGAGGAGUGCAGAGACCUGGUUGAUGAAGCGAAGAAUUAUCUGCUGCUGCCCCAGGAGAGGCCCCUGAUGCAGGGCCCCAGGACACGGCCGAGGAAACCCAUCCGCUGUGGAGAGGUUCUUUUUGCAGUUGGUGGAUGGUGCAGUGGAGACGCCAUUUCCAGCGUGGAGCGAUACGAUCCUCAGACCAACGAGUGGCGGAUGGUAGCAUCGAUGAGCAAACGGCGAUGUGGGGUCGGUGUCAGUGUCCUGGACGACUUGCUGUACGCGGUGGGCGGUCACGACGGCUCGUCGUAUCUCAAUUCUGUGGAGAGAUAUGAUCCUAAGACAAAUCAGUGGAGCAGUGACGUGGCUCCUACGAGCACGUGUCGCACCAGUGUGGGCGUGGCUGUCCUGGGUGGUUACCUGUACGCCGUAGGAGGUCAGGAUGGGGUUUCUUGCCUCAACAUUGUGGAAAGAUAUGAUCCAAAGGAGAACAAAUGGACUCGUGUGGCCUCCAUGAGCACCAGGCGACUGGGUGUAGCUGUGGCUGUGCUCGGAGGGUUUCUUUAUGCGGUGGGAGGGUCGGAUGGAACGUCACCGUUAAAUACAGUGGAGCGCUACAACCCGCAGGAGAACCGCUGGCACACCGUAUCCCCGAUGGGCACCAGGAGGAAGCACCUGGGCUGUGCCGUCUACCAGGACAUGAUUUACUCUGUCGGAGGGAGGGACGACACCACGGAGUUGAGCAGUGCAGAGCGGUACAACCCCAGGACCAACCAGUGGUCUCCUGUGGUGGCCAUGACCUCCAGGCGGAGCGGGGUGGGCUUGGCUGUGGUUAACGGUCAGCUGAUGGCAGUAGGAGGCUUUGACGGAACGACGUAUCUCAAAACUAUAGAAGUCUACGACCCUGACGCCAACACAUGGAGGUUGUACGGAGGAAUGAACUACCGUCGACUAGGUGGAGGGGUGGGUGUCAUAAAAAUGACUCAUUGUGAAUCUCACAUAUGGUAACAACACCACCACCUCCACGCUCUACACUCACUCACUCACUUCUCAUCACAUUGCAAUGGAUGCCUCUUUUCUGCAACUCUCGUGCCUCCAGAAGAGAUGCUCUCAAAUGAUGCGAGGAUGAGAGGAAAGUGUGUGUGUGGAGGGGCACAGCUCAAGAGGGAAAGAGGGACAAACUCCUAGUUCCUCCACUCUAUUUCCACUCUAAAGUGAGUGACUCUGGUUGUCUUCGUCCGACUGUGAUCAGCGUGAAGUGGACCAAGCACCACUAAGCUUCGUGGGAGAGGGCAGUCCUUGUCCUGUGACCUUGGUUUCAUCGGUCGCGGAUAUUUGAAUAGAACGACAACUGAACUCCAUCAGACUUCAAUGUUAAUUAUUCAACGUCUAAAAAGCAUCAGGUCACUGGAAGAGGGCUUUUUCCAUCACCUUCGCCAUAUCUCCGAAAUUCUUUGGGCUUUGAAGCGUACGUCUCCACUGCGGCUGCUGCGUCUCUGGAUCUCGUGUGUAGAAUCAAAGAGUAGAAAAUCGACAGGCAGUUUCCCCUCUGCCUUCACACUGUUACUGAAUGGGACUGCUGCACUUUACAGGAGGCUACUGUAGCUUUUUGUUACAUUUUUGAUAUAAUUUCAGUUUAGUUAAAAGGAUUGUUUCUGCUUAUAUGAGAUUCGGACACAUAGACUGUGCUGUUUGCUUUUCCCUUCAUCUAGAACCUGGUAAACACAUUAGUAACCGAAGGCCAACCUAAUCGUAGGAAUAUGUUUGCUACAUUAUUUCGCCAUAAAACAGCUUUAUGUUGCUCUGUAAAUUACCACACCAAACUCCAUUAAGAAAAUCAGCAUUUUUAACUUGUGGACUUGGGGGACACAGAGGCUUCUUGUCUGCUGCGGCCUCAUUUUGGGUAGUUCGUUUCACUUAUUUAAAUCCAAAUGAGGGAUUUAAAACAAACGGUUGCAAAAGAAAACAUUUGACCUCGCUCGUGGAGGCAACUGUGGGUCAACAAGUCAUGCGUGCCAUGAUGUAAAAUCGUUGAAUUCCUCUAUGGACAUUGGUGCAGGAGAGUGUGUGGUUGACACAAACUUCAGUUUCUCAUAGUAAACGGAGGUUUAAUGGCAAGAUACAGUGGCAAAUGUAUUCUUAUGAUAUUAUAGAACAUUACAGAACAUUAUAGAACAUUAGUCCAUACUUCAUACAAUCACACUAAAAACUAUACCUUUACGGGAACAUGCCAUGUGGCCUGUUAAUUAGUGUCAGUGGAAAAAGGAAAAACAUAGGUGCCUCAUUCAUAAACUCAUGACUCCGGUUUAUUGUUGACUCCCGUGAUGAAUCGUAAAGGCCUCAUUGUGCUCAGAAGGUUCUCACCUCAUAGUAUUUUUUUGGGUGGCUUUUAUGUCUCCUCAAGAAGACAUGUUACACAAAGGUCCACACACUUGGGUUAUAAAGUGAAUAAGCUUGCUAGGAAAAUUGGAAGAAAUCCCUUGUUUUUAGGUGUUUUUUGGAGACCAUGUUGGACAAUCAAACACUUCACAAACACAGUUUGAAACAUACAAAGGUUUCAAUGUAAGACACACACACACGUAUGCUACCAGUGUAACCUCAGAAGUGGAUGAAUAUUGGAACUCAUAGGAGCUUAAAAGGACAACGCUAUAUUUAAUUUUUUUGUUUUCAACAAAUCCAGUGAAAAGACCAAAACCAACAAGCUGUUUUCCUGCUUAUUAAACCCUAACUUUAUCACUUCAUUGUUAAAAACAGGUCACAAAUAUGUGCCUUUUUAUUUAAAUUUAAGUAAUAUACUGUAAAUACAGGACAAACCGGUGCCACAGUGUGGUUUAACAGAUGUGUCUCACUCAGAAUUCAUGGGAUACAGAAAUGAUUAUGGACUUUUCUUGGACGUUGUUGAUGGAAAGAGAGGAAAGAAAAUUCACAAUAUAACGAGAGCUGUCCUUUUAAAUUUAAAGCUGCCGUCAGUGACGUCAAACUCACGAGGGGAGAGGACCAACUCUUUGUGGAAUUAGAUUUACAGUCACCACUGGCAGCUUUAAAAAUCAGUCCCUAAUCUUGACAAAAUACACUGCAUUACAUUAAAUACUUCAUCAUUUUUCUUGUUUCCAUUUAAAAGAAAAAGUGGCAGAUUAGUUAAGUUAUAUUGGAGCCAGUGAAAUUGUAGAAAACAAGCAAUGGAGGAUUUUGUGUUUUCUUCUUCAGUUCCAUAGUGGCCUUGGUAACAAAAAGAUUAAAUCCACUUUAUGUCAUUUCACAAUCUGGCUCCUGCCCCGCGACAGAUUUAAAGCACUGAAAAGCAAAAUAAGUGAUGUCCAAUGUAGCAAAGCACACACGUACACCAUAGCUCAUAACCACAUUCAUAUCAUUCAUAACUGUAUAUACAUUAAUGAAGUCACGGCUGCUUCAGGAGUAGCUAGAAAUGUUUGAAACGUGGGACAUUUUUCUUCUGUGUCCAGUUUCCCCACAUUAUACUUUUGUAAUGCCACCAGAUGCAGCAAUCAUGCAGUAGUGCCCCCUGCUGGGCGCUAAGGUGCAGUAGUGCUUUAUGGUCCCCUGAUUGUGUAGCUGAGGUCAGAUCAAUGUGAAACAGACACUUUGAGUCGAUGGUGGAUUGGUUUUUGGUUAAUCUCAUAAUUUAUUGCACUGUGAUUGGAAAUGUAUUUUUAGAUUUUAUCUUUUUUGUUGUUUAUUUUUUUUGUUUGUUUACUUAGUUGUGUUUCAUAAGGGUGUUGAACUUUACAGAUAUGUGGCGGGGGGAAAAGUCUAAAGUGAUAAUCAACAUUUCAGGCCUCACACUGACGUGAAAGUGAGUUUAUUUCAUAGUUUACAACGCUGAACUUUGAAUUGAAAAGUCAAAUCACAAAAAUAAAUCAUGUACAAGUCAUUUUCACCUGUUGAUAUGAACGUAGCCAGAGUAAGAUUUUGAAGGUUUCACUUCCAUCUGUCAUAGAAUUGAUUUUUUUUUUUUUUAUGCAGUCACAAAAAUUUAUAUCCACUUGAAAUGUACAAUCGGACCGUUUUAAAUGUCUUGAUAGAAACACAUAACAUUAUGCCUUUGUUGAACAAACGUUUAUGCAGUCAUGCAAGUGAUGUACGCCUAUUCUUGAAAAACAGUCUAUUGUACGUUUAAAUUUUUUCUGCUACAGAAUGAGAGGGAAAUCACACUAUUUUAAAGCUGCUGUCAGCGAUGUCUUUUAGCUAUUGCUGGUGUUCCAUAUAUCACCCAAAACUCACAAGUAAAAAAGAACCACCUCUUUGUGGAGAUCUGGCUCCUGGUUGGAUAAAAUUAGUGUGGAUGACAACGUUUCUCUGAUAUUUAUUGUCCGACCCUGAGACUAAGAGAUCCAUGCGACUGAGCUCUACAUCAGCAACAGCUGAUGUAGAGCAGUCAGAAUAUCGAGUGAUUUAACACAUAUUUUAACUCAAAGAUUUCACUGACAGCAGCUUUAAGAGCAUUGUAUGUGAUAGGAUUUGUCCUGGUCACAUUGCUUAGUGUCUAGAAAUCUUAUCUUGUGGCAAAACUUUAACAAAAUGUGAACUUUUUCAUGGUGAAAACCUGAUUUUCCUCAUUCUUACUGCGUUUUUCAAAGGAUACACGUUGUUGUCUGUUUUCAACUGCCCCAACGUCAAACUUCACUUAACCUAUGCUGAGAUCUCAAAUCUUUAGUCUACAUUGUUUCUACAACCUUUUGUUAUGCAUUUUAAAGGUUAAUGGACUUAGGCUGCCAUUGACCACCAACGCGGUGAGACUGUAUUUGGCUCCCAAACAAACACCUGAGUGUCACUGAAUACUGCCGUGACUGUGAUGAACGCAGCUCGACCAACCUACAGCCAGAACAGCCGAUAUUCAAAUAUCUUGUUAACGACACGUGACACCAAACGCGGUUCGUUCUCUGAUCUCUGGUGUCAGUUCUCAUGAUCAAGCAGCAGCCAUCUCUCAGCUGUGAUCACUACAUCGGCUCUGGAAUAUGUUCACUAUGACGAGAAUUAAACUUCUUCCCUGGAAAAACAAAA